UUACAAACGUGAGCUCUCCAAACUUUAUCUCUUUUACAAACUUUAUCUCCUUUACAAACUCUAUCUCUUUUACAAACUCUAUCUCUUUUACAAACUCUAUCUCUUUUACAAACUUUCUUUGACCAACUCCACUUCUUAAACCGAAAUAUCUAUAUCGUUUACCACAAAACAAAGUAUGGCUUCGUCAUCAAAUAAUGGGCCAUAUGAUGAUUCAAUUGAUGAUUCACUUGAUGAUUCAAUUGAUGAUAUGUUUGAUGAUAUGUUUGAUGCAGCACUUGAAAGUCUUGCAAGAAAAAAAAAAAAAAGAAGAGAGUAUACAUAGAACGCGAUCGGGAACAAGGCCACUACCGACUCUGGAACGACUAUUUCAGUGAUAAUGCAAUCUAUCCGCCAAAUCUAUUCCGUCGCCGGUUUAGAAUGAACAAGGAGUUGUUCCUGCGUAUAGUUGACCGACUCUCCAAUGAGAUUCCAUAUUUUCAGCAAAGAAGAAACGCUGCCGGGAGAUUUGGUUUAUCUGGCCUUCAAAAAUGCACUGCAGCUAUUCGUAUGAUGGCUUAUGGUACGGCGGCUGAUGCGGUUGACGAAUAUCUCCGGCUAGGUGCUAGUACGGCUUUGUUAUGCCUGGAAAAUUUCACGGAGGGAGUAAUAAACUUGUUCGGGGAUGAGUAUCUCAGAAGACCUACCCCACAAGAUCUUCAGCAACUCCUCGAUAUUGGAGAGUCACGGGGAUUUCCUGGAAUGAUAGGAAGCAUCGACUGCAUGCACUGGGAGUGGAAGAACUGUCCAACCGCAUGGAAAGGACAAUACACACGUGGUUCAGGCAAACCGACAAUCGUCUUAGAGGCAGUAGCUUCAUAUGACUUGUGGAUAUGGCAUGCAUUUUUUGGACCUCCAGGUACGUUAAAUGAUAUUAACGUUCUUGAUCGUUCUCCAGUCUUCGAUGAUAUUUUGCAUGGUCGAGCACCAAAAGUGCGAUAUUGGGUCAACGGUCACGAAUAUAGUUUGCCGUACUACCUGACCGACGGUAUAUAUCCAAAAUGGGCAACAUUUAUACAAUCAAUUCAACUUCCUCAAGGAGCCAAAAACAAGUUUUUUGCAACAUCUCAAGAAUCCGUCCGAAAAGAUGUGGAGCGUGCAUUUGGAGUUUUGCAAGCUAGAUUUGCGAUAAUUAAAAAUCCAGCUCUUUUUUGGGAUAAAGAGAAAAUUGGGAAAAUUAUGCGGGCAUCUAUCAUAUUACACAAUAUGAUAGUUGAAAACGAACGAGAUUUUCGCACUCAAUACAAUAUAGAAGAAUUCCAACACGGUGAAGGAAGCAGGAAUUCGCAUGUCGAUAUGACGUUUACUACGAAUAAUCGUUCAAAUGUCACAAAUUUGAUGAUGGCGAAACGAAAUGAAGUCCGUAGCAGACAGGUGCAUGAUUAGUUGAAAGCGGAUUUAAUCGAAAAUCUAUGGAAUAAAUUUGGUUGUUAUGUUUAAAAAAAAA